AUGACGGAAGACAAAUCCAAGACAGAUAAGCUUUCGCUCCCGGAGAUGAUGUUCGCUCCUGACGAGUUACCGGUUGGUGUCCGAGUUUUGACGUACCAAUCGCCUAGGGCUAUCAAGUCUAUUCUAAAAGCUCUCGACGACGAUGAAGUUCAGAUUCUUCGCGAGUCUCCCUUCGGGAAGAUACUUGAAAUUGUUGACAAGCCGGCUUUCUCAGAAGAAUUUGUUGGGUAUUUACUGACAAAACAACUUAAGGUGAAGAAAAUAUACGAAGCUUGGUUUCUAUUCGCGUGGCAACCCAUUAGGUUCUCGCUUCGUGAAUUUGCAAUUUUGACUGGACUUCCCUGUGGCCAGUUCCCCGAGGAAUCGUGGAUGACAACCACCAAGAAAACAGUAACUAAAAAACCCUACUGGCCUUGCCUUUUCGGGAAAGCAGAAGCUGUCACGGUAUCUUCAGCUUUGAAGAUGCUGCGGAGGAAGAUGGUUACUGACAAAGAUAUCCGGAUAAAGAUUGCGUGCCUCGCAAUCCUCUCUUCCGUUCUCCUUCCCACCAGUUCGAAAAUGAAUAUUCUCAGAGAACACGCGGAGUCCAUCGAAGACCUAGACGAGUUCUUCGCUUUUCCUUGGGGUAGGCUGGCGUUUCUGAUGCUCAUUGGUAGCAUCAAAGAGCAUGACGAGGUUUCCUUAUCGCAGAAUAAGACCAUCCCUAUAAAAGGCUUUGCACUAGCUCUUCAGCUCCUCAUGUUUGAAGCUGUUCCAGCUUUGGUUGAAGCUGUCCAGGUGGAGAUCCGCUGCUGUUCCUCAGGUUCUGACAGUGAAGACGACGACGAAAGUGAUGAACAUGUAUCUGGAAACCCCACCAAGAAGGUGAAUGAACCAAUGGAUAACGAGUCUGCUUCUUCUACGACAAGGAUGCAUGUUAAGGAGAAUGAUCGGUUAGGAGAAGAAGUAGACAGAGAUGACAUACGUGUUUCUUCAUCUGAAGAACAAGAUGAAAGAAAAUAUGAUGAUGAUGGACUCCUAAUCAUUAGGCCACCACCCUUGUUAGAGUUGUUUGAUGUGGGGGAAUCUCAAACACCACCUGUGGCUUCUGAGGCGCAGAUAGAGGAAGAUAAGAUGUGGGAAGAAAUGGCGUUUCACAUUAAAUCAGACCAAGUUGAUCUCCACCUUCAUUCAGAGAUUGAGAAAGAGAUAUCAGGUGAUGAAAGUACAGAAGCAGCAUGUAGAAAAGGGAAUCACGAACUUUGUCUAGAUCUUGAGAUCGGUUUGAAGUGCAUCCACUGCUGCUUUGUUUUGACAGAGAUCAGAGGCCUUGAUGUAUCUGAAUGGGGAGAGAGGAACACAAGUGGAAGGAGAAAGAAUGAUAGAUCAGAAGAGGAUGGAAACAGCAAUAGCUUCACUGGGAACCUUGAGUUCGAAGCUCCUGGCCAAAGCAACUUAAAGGAAGGAUUUGAGUCUAUUGAAGGGACUGUUUGGGAUCUUAUCCCAGGUGUUAAAUCUCAGAUGUACCCACACCAGCAAGAGGGUUUUGAGUUUAUCUGGAGGAACUUGGCUGGUACUAUUAUGUUAAAUGAGCUCAAGGACUUUGAGAACUGCGAGGAGACUGGAGGAUGCAUCAUGUCACACGCUCCAGGGACAGGGAAAACUCGCCUCACAAUCACUUUCCUUCAAGCCUACUUGGAAUGCUUCCCUAACUGCAAACCUGUUAUCAUUGCUCCUGCAAGCUUGCUUCUCACGUGGGAAGAGGAGUUUAAGAAGUGGAACAUAAGCAUUCCCUUUCACAAUCUCAGCAGCUUGGAGCUUACUGGAAGAGAGAACUCUGCUGCUUCCAAACUUUUGCUGAAGAAGAACUCAAGCGCUAGAAGUACGAAUGAGAUAAGGAUGUUGAAGAUAUACUCUUGGAUCAAAUCAAAGAGCAUACUCGGGAUCAGUUACGACCUCUAUGUGAAGCUUGCAGGAGUUAAGGACGAGGACAAAAAGACAAAAGUGAAACCAGACAAAGAGUUAGAAGAUAUAGGAGAGAUACUCACGGGGAGGCCUGGACUGCUGGUUCUUGACGAGGCACACACACCUAGGAACCAGAGAAGCUGUAUAUGGAAAACACUGUCCAAAGUGGAGACACAGAAACGCAUCUUGCUCUCUGGAACGCCUUUCCAGAACAACUUCAAGGAGCUUGGCAAUGUUUUGGGGAUUGCAAGGCCAAAGUACCUAGAGAGGCUCAUGUCCACGCUCAAGAAGAGUGGGAUGACAGUAACCAAGAGAGGGAAACGAGCUUUGGGAGAUGAAGUAAACAACCGUGGGAUUGAAGAACUCAAGGCUGUGAUGCUACCCUUUGUGCAUGUUCACAAAGGAAGCAUUCUUCAGAAGAGCCUCCCUGGUUUGAGAGAGUGUGUUGUGGUGUUAAACCCGCCUGACCUGCAGAGGAAAGUCCUGGAGUCCAUUGAAGUCACACACAACCAGAAAACGAAGAAUGUCUUUGAGACAGAACACAAGCUCUCUUUGGUCUCAGUCCAUCCUUCUCUCGUCUCUCACUGCAAACUGACUCGGAAAGAAAAACUGACCAUCGACGAGAUCUUGCUUGCACAGCUAAAGAAGGUGAGGUUGGAUCCAAACCAAAGCGUGAAGACAAAAUUCCUCAUGGAGUUUAUCAAGCUGUGCGUUGUGAUAAAAGAGAAAGUCCUGGUGUUCAGUCAAUACAUCGACCCGCUGAAACUGAUAAUGAAGCAUUUGGUCAACGGGUUCAAAUGGACUGAAGGGGAAGAAGUGUUGUACAUGCACGGCAAACUCGAGCAGAAGCAGAGACAGACCUUGAUCAACGAGUUCAACGACAAUCUUGUAGGAGCAUCAAGGGUGAUUCUCUUGGAUGUUGUGUGGAACCCUGCAGUGGAGAGACAGGCUAUAAGCCGUGCUUACAGAAUCGGACAGAAGAGGAUUGUCUACACGUACCAUUUGGUUGCAAAGGGAACUCCGGAGGGGACAAAGUACUGUAAGCAAGCGCAGAAGGAUAGGAUCUCAGAGCUGGUGUUUGCGUGUUCCUCAAGACCUGAUAAGGGGAAAGAAAAGAUUGCUGAAGCUGUGACUGAGGAUAAAGUGUUGGACACUAUGGUGAAGCAUCUGAAGCUUGGGGAUAUGUUUGACAACCUCAUUGUUCAACCAAAGGAAGCUGAUCUGGUUGAAGGUUUCAGCAUACUUAUGCCAUGAUCAAUCACCAAACUCUUCCCUAUGACUAUUAUAUGCUAUUUAAUCUUGUAAGACUUUAUUUAUGUUUUGCUUUGUGGGAUGUUAUCUGGGUAUCUUGUAAACUUAGCUUUUGUUUCCAUUUGCGUUUGUCUGCUGUGAACCUUGACUUAUCAGGUACAAUGUUAUA